UGUUAUUUUGUAGCUAUUCAAUCCUCAAUUGAAAUAAUAAUUUUAAUUUGGAUCGUUCAUCUCUCAUUAAUAUAUACUGUAACAAUUAGGAUUUAUUACUUGCAAAAUCGUCUUGUACAUUAUUAUAAUUGAAUUACCGCCAAGCACAAAACCCAUAACUCAUACUCUACUAUUAAAACUCCCGUGAAUCAUAAAGGGUGUUCCUGUGCUAAAAUACAAGUAUUAUAAUGGCUGAGUUAGCAGCAUUACUACAGACAGAUAUCCCGGAAGGGCGCAAUCAUCUCACAGAUAGCCAUGCAAAUCUGGAACGGGUUGCAGAAUACUGUGAAGCUAAUUAUUUCCAGGUUGACAAUAAGAGAUUGGCUUUAGAAAGCACAAAAAAUUACACAACCCAGUCUCUGGCUAGUGUUGCUUACCAGAUAAACACACUGGCAUACAAUUUCUUACAAUUACUAGAGUUUCAAACCAUGCAAUUAGCAGAAAUGGAAGGUCAAAUGAAUCACAUCGCUCAAACGGUUUCUAUUCACAAAGAGAAAGUGGCACGGAGGGAGAUAGGUGUUCUGACUGCUAAUAAAGUAACAAAUAGACAGUACAAAAUUAUUGCACCAGCUAAUCCUGAAAAACCAAUUAAAUAUAUCAGAAAAGCUAUUGAUUAUACAGCACUUGAUGACAUUGGGCAUGGGGCCCGUUGGAGUAGUGGAAUCACGGGUACACCCCGUGGACGCCGUUCGGUUUCUGCUCCAGGCCCUGCACCUCUACCAGCACCAACCACAAAACCCCCAACUCCACCUGCAGCAGUCAGAUCUUCAUCUGGUGCCAACACUGGGACUCUUGGGCGUGGAACUCUUGGGAAGUCAUCGCGUGAGUACCGUACGCCGCCGGCGGUAGCUCCGCCACAGGUACCCUCUCACUACGCGCCGAACUAUCCGCGUCGCCCCCCGGGAUACUCCACGCUGCCAGUCACACAACCACAGGUGGGCAUGGUGCAUCCUAAUCAGCAUCAAUCCCCAAGCUACUCUCAACAGGAUAUGCAUUCCAGUAUGCCACCUCCCCCGUCACCCCUGAUCGGGUCGGAUGGUGAACACAGCCAACAUUCGAUGAGUCUACCUGGACAGCGUGGAUCUUCGUCAUCUGCCGGUGGAGGGUCGGCACGGGGUGGUUCAGUGUCGCCGCCGCUACCACCUCCCCCCAUGGAUGACGAACUCACUCACGACGCAUUCGGUCGGCCGCAUCAUCUCAAUAAUAAAAUGGGUGUACAGUAUACUAGUGCUGUGCCUGCGAUUGUGCCGGAUGAAGAGGACUUGCCUGGUUGGGUGCCAAAGAACUACAUCGAGAAAGUGGUUGCCAUAUACGACUACUAUGCCGACAAGGAAGACGAGUUGUCGUUCCAAGAGAGCGCAGUUAUAUAUGUGCUCAAGAAGAAUGAUGAUGGCUGGUGGGAAGGAGUUAUGGAUGGCGUCACUGGUCUGUUUCCAGGAAACUACGUUGAACCUUGCGUGUAAUACAACACGAUAAUGAUGCGGAUGACAACUGUAGAAAUUGAAAUGCUGGAUCUGCUAUGCUGUUUUGUUAAAGUAACGUCUAAAUUUGGCGGCAUUUGUUUCGAAAUUUUGACAAUGGUGGUGUUAAUGUAACUGAUGACCCAUCUAAUAGUGGCAAUCAUUGCUUAUAAUAAUUUUACCGUAGUAGGCUUUAUUAAAAAUUGUUUGCAUAAAUACCUAUCAAUAAUAGUGUCACCUAUUACAGCUGUCAACCAGCUCGCUUUGUAAAUUGUGUUUCGCUUCAAGAGUGAAGAAAAGGGAGGUUAAAUUAUAGUAGCCUCCAGCAUAAAUUAUAGUUCUCCGGAAAGACAGCAUUAGGCGUCAUGAAAAUGUGAUUCGCGUAGUGCUCUUCAUGUCUAUAGACUACGGUUACUAGUAUACAUACUGUCAGGUGGGCCGUCACCUUCCUUGCUUUUACAGUGAUAUGUGUUAGCAAGACAUGAAGAGUACCAUGGAUAACUAAGAUCAUACCUUAUAAUUCCACUGCGUAACUUCACUAUAAACGGAAACACAGCUUACAAAGAUUGCUAUUCUAGACAGCUUGAAUAAAUGACUUUGUACAAAAUAUACAUUACAGUUUUCAUGUAGAAUUUAGAUGUGAUGUUCUAUACAGUUAAUAACAGAAUAUUAUUGCAGAUCUGGAAUUAUUAAGUACUAUUAUACUUUAUAUUAAGACAUUUUUAUGUAUUCCAUGCUGUAAAAAGCGAACAAAACUAUGAAAAGACAGUUUACUUGUUAAUCCCUUAUUAAGAAGUAGCCAUUGUAUAUUGGAUUUUUUAAUGUUCUGUGGAAAUUUCAAUGUCCGUGUAAACAGCAUUUGUUAUUACUAUAUUUAAAAAUGUAGGAUAUAAGUAUGAUAAAACGAAAAUAGUAGAUAUUAUUUCUCCACAUUAGACAUACUAGUAAUAAUAUUCAUAUAAAUCUAUUUUAAGUUAAGGAAGCAGAUAUUUUAAUAAUAAUAAUGGCCAUCUCUAAAUGCAGUUUCUUAGCAACGUCAAUUCAUUUGACGGCCAGUAAGGAAAAAAUAAUAAUCAUAAUUAUUGUUCCAAGAUGUUAUUUAGAGAAA